CACAAUGCAAUUAAUCGUGUUGCUUUUAACACCAGUAAUUUUGACAAAUGCUGCAGACCUCAACAGCUUAGUACCAGGAAAUGUUGCUUUUUCCGGAAAUAUGUACUAUUAUGUUAAGCAUCGGCAACAACAGGGACCUUAUCUUUUGGCUCCAUUUUCUGUUCAAGCCGUUAUGGGUCUAACGGAAUCGGGGGCUAAAUAUGUGACUGCCCUAGAAAUCAGAGACAUAGUGUUUUAUAUACACAACACUGACGACAUAGAAGAGGCAAUGGAAGAUGCUUUGUCCACAAUUCCAGCAACCAUAACAACGACAAUGUUUUCGGAUCCUGCUGUCGCAAUAACAGAUCAAUUUAAAGAAAUCGAAUGUACCAGCUACCUAGGUACUUUAAAGAAUAUGGAAUUCGUCGAUGCUGAAGUCGCCGCCUCAAACUUGAACGACUGGGUUGACGAGCAAAGUAACAAUCACCUCCACUCUAGUUUUUCUAGUACUGAUUUUAAUGAUACUACAGCAAGUGUUAUAGUGAACACUUUACUCAUGAAGAGCACCUGGGCGAAUCCUUUUCCCGCAGAUCGAACCGUGCUUUCAAAUUAUACUUACUACUCCGAUUCUACCUCGAAACCUGUAACCGGAAGUGUAUACAUGAUGACCCAAGAACCUCUUUUGUAUAACUAUUUCGAAAGCACGGAGUUUGAUGCAACAUUUUUGGAAGUACCUUUCGAUGAUCCAGAUACCACUUUGACUAUUGUACUUCCUAAUGCUUGGAACGGCCUUCCCAAUCUCGAGUCCUCUAUCAGCAAAGUCAUAACAGCUCCAAAGUACAUACAAAGGCCUGUACAAUUCUCAUUUCCUCGUAUUGAGACAUUGGAUGGCCCCUGGUCGCUUAAGCAGACCUUGCAAGACAACUUUGCUAUUAGAUUGGCUUUUUCUAACACGGCCGAUUUUAGUGGUAUCGCGGGUUAUCCAGGAGAUCUUGUAGUUAAUGAUGUAUUGCAGAGUGCUUUCAUUGGCUUUAACGAAGACGGAUUCGAAGCAGCUUCUGAGGCUGCUACAACGAUCCAGUCGUUCCCCGCCCGCACUUUCGAAGUGAACCAUCCAUUUUUGUUUUAUAUCAAAUAUAAAGGAAUGGUUCUUUUCGUAGGCAGAUUUAUUUAUUAAGCUUUUGUAAGAGAAGGUGUUGAUUUUUCACUAGCUACAUUAUUGUUUAAAUUUGAAACUGAAUAAAUGUUUCUAUGUAUACUA